UGGCUUCUUGAGUUUAAUGCAAAUAUGAGUGUCAAACUUAAAUGAUAGAGAGGCCAAUAGGCCAUAUAAAAGAGUUACGUGGGUUGGCUAUAAGAGAAGAAAUCACGAGGACUCUGGUAAAAUGAACAAAUCCAAUUGAAAGCUCCAGCUCAUUAUUGCUGUUAAGGAAUGGUGGUUCUUGUUGGUAGAUGUUUCAGAAUUUUCAAGAGAAGCUAGAAAUACAGUUUUUGGUGAAAUUUCCUACAUUUAAAAAUACUCUGUGAGUCAAGCAAAACUGGAUUCUACCUGUAGCAUGCCAGUGUGCUUCCUUUACUUUUAUGCGUUUUCUAUGCAUUCUUAAAGGUUCCCAUGAGUGUUCCUCUGAAAUCUGUGUCUUUUAGCAACAGAUGUGGGAGCUGAUUGUAGUGUCACAACGUCUGUUUUCUUACCAUUAAUGUAUCUGUAACUAUAUUGGAUUGUUGUGGUGUGUCCUAGAGGCAUGGGAAGUGGAGGAUGGCCAGGAACAGGAGGGUAUUUAAUUUGGAAGACUACAGACUAAUGGCCUCUGUCCUAUUAAAGGUUCCUGGGUGGCUGCCCUCCUGAUUUGAAUAGCUGGGGAAUAUGGUAAAGUAUGUCAAAAAUAUGGUAAAUAUGUCAAAAAGACAAUCAGGGGGUGCCUGCAUGGCUUAGUUGGUUAGGCAUCUGACUUUGGCUCAGGUCAUGAUCUCGUCAUUCCUGACCUGGAGCCCUGAAUUGGGCUCUGUGCUAACAGCUCAGAGCCUGGAGCCUGCUUCAGAUUCUGUGUCUCCCUCUCUCUCUCUGCUCCUCCCCACUUACACUCUGUCUGUUCUUCCUCACAAAUAAAGAAACAUUAAAAAAAAAAAAAGACAACCAGUAUUUCCCACUCACAUAUCCUCUCCUGGUAUUUACCAUUGAUAGUAGCUCCUUACACUAUUUCUUGAUAGACCAGAUAUCUUGUAGACCAGAUAAUAUUUUCUAGAUAUUGUUUAACAGAAUACCAAUGGAGGAUAACAGAGACUAGAGAUGUAGCAGGGAUAGAUAGCAUUAUUAUAGCUUUCAGAGAAAAUUAUGAAUUGAUCACAUCUAUUCCCUGUACAUAGAAUUUGUAAACCAUAAAUUUAUAACUUUUUUUGUUUUUUAACUUUCUUAAAAUGUUUCUUAAUUAUUUACUUUUGCAUGGGUAAUGCAUACACAAGAUUAACAGAAAGAAAAAGAAAGAAACAAAGAAACACGGAAAGAAAGGAAAAGAACUAGAAAACCAGUAAAGAAUAGACAAUGGAAAGAAGUCAGGUCCUUUUCAUCUCAGACCCUGCUUCUUUGCUUCUUUGCAGGCACCCACUGUUUCUAUUUUCUUUUGUUAUCCUUCUUGAGAUAGUCUGUACCUGUAUACACCAUAGGAAACCAUGAAUAUGUAGUGGGUUUUGGUACCAUUUGGUAAUUGAGAGUAUUAGUAGGAGCUCAUAGGUUAGAAAAAACAGAGAGGUAAAGGGAAUCCAAGAUUUUAAGGUCUGAAUGAACUCAGAAACUAAAUUUAGAAAUAGUAAGGGAUGAUAGGUAAUUAUAUUUAAAAUAUCUAUAAUUGAAAUAAUUAGAUCUCAUAUUGGUUUUAACUGACAUCAUAUAAUGUUUGUGUUCAUAUUAAGUAAAGCAAAAAUAUUUAAGCUCACAGUAUUAUGAUUCACAAAAUACAUAUUCAGUAAAUGUUAAUUGUCUUUAAUACUCAGUCACAUUUGACUGGGAAUUAAAGUUUAAGACUUCUAAUUGCUCAUCAUGUUUUAUUUAAGAAAUAAUCUACAAUGCUGUUUGCAAGGCUUUUUGUUCCAUCAUCUUCUAGAAAAAAAUUGAGUACCAUAGGCAGAAAAAUCAUAUUUCAGGUAAUAGAGUAUGUCACUGCAUACAAAUCCAUUCUUACUUCAAUCAAAAAAGAAUAUGAUGCCUUUAUUGAGACAAUAAAGGAAAGCCAAAAGACUGCAUUUUGUCUUCAUGGAAAACUUAAAGCUUUGGCAGCAGAGCCCAUAGCAUUGGUAUAUCACAGGAAAAGAACAAUCCAACUUGAAGCAAAAAUGAGGGUUAUUGAAAAUAAUUCCUCACAAAUUCAAUUGCAAAUAGACCAAAUGAAGCAACUUAGGGCAGAGUAUGACGCAAAAGAAGUAAAAUAUCAUACUUUCUCCAAAGAUCCUUCAAAACCUAUUCCAGGCUUGACUCUCCAAGAAUCCGUCAGUUUAGAUGCUCUCACUAAAUACUUGAAACAUCUUGAAGAUAAAUAUGCCGAAAUUAAACAGGUUAUGUUGAAAAAAUAUGUACCAGUUCAGAGGAAGGCAGAUUUAGAUGAGGAAAUGAUGGUGACAUUAAAACGGAGAGAUUUAGCUGAAAAUUUAAACAAAGAAUUACAGUUUCGUCAUCAAAGACUGCAGAUUAUUUCAAAUGCACUUACUUCAUGGGUAAAAUCUGAUAUGAGCAGCUCAUUUCAAGAUUUCGUGGAGCAAAUUCAGAAAACUAAAGAUUUACAUGGUGACCAAGGCAUUAUUGAGGAACUGCUUGAAGAUGAUCCAGGCAAGGCAAAAGAAGCUGAAAUUUUGCUUUCCUACAUUGAAAGGUUCAAUGAAUUAAUGUUGCUUGGUGAAUAUGAAAAGGCAGCUUGUUUUGCAGCACACAGUCCUAGAAGAAUUCUUCAAAACAUUGGGACAGUGAAUAAAUUUAAGGCUGUUGGAAAAAUUAGAGGAAAGCCUUUUCCAUUACUCUUAUUUUUUGAAGCCAUCUUUAGCACAAGUCAUGCAUGCAGACGACCUAUUGAUGCAGAACUGACCCUGGAAGGAAUCCAAUGUGGAUUAUCUGAAAAACGUUUAGAUUUAGUUAUCAACUGGGUCACUCAGGAAAGGCUCACAUUUUCUGAGGAGGCUGGGGAUGUCAUUUAUGAUUAUGGGGAGCAGGAUACUUAUAACAAGGCCAAGUGCCUGGCUUUAGCUCAGAUUAUCUACACUGAAUGUGGCCUGCACAAGAAAGCUCUUCUUUGCCUAUGUAAACAGGGUCAGAUUCAUGGGGCCAUGGAAUACAUACAGCAGUUCAAGGACUUUACUUCCGAUGACCUGAUGGACCUAAUCAAGUUAUGUCCUCACACUGAAUUAAUUCAGUGUCUCACUAGAGAAUGGAACGGGAAACCACCAUCUUUAUCUUUUGGUCUUGCUAUACUUCAUCUGUUCUCUGUAGAUAUGAAAAAAGUUGGCAUUAAGCUACUUCAAGAGAUAAGUAAAGGUGGGAAAGGUAUAGUGGAACAUCUUAUGAUAAAUGAUCCAUUUUGCUCAUUAGAAAACUGGCAAGAAGUAGCAAAUAUAUGUUUACAGAAUGGCUUUGACAAAUUAUCUCGUGACAUCAUGUCCAUUCUUCGAUCUCAGGCUGGAGUUACAGAAAUUUCUCAAGAAGAUGAUACAGUCAACUUAAUGGAACAUGUUUUUUGGUAGUGCUACAUCUUAACCAGUUGAGGGAGCCUGUAUAACAUUUUAUGUGUGUUGGUUGGACAAACUGAUUUUGGCAUAACUAACUUAUAAAUAAAUCCAAAGUGUGAAGCUCUCAGAAA